GACGGGGAUGUUUUCAGGGGCAAGCAACUGACGUCGACGACUCGGACGGAGUAAUAACAAAGCUUCACCAAUACCACCACUUUCCUUUCCUUUCCCGCUCUAGUCAAGACAUCGCUCCUCCUUCAAUGCAGUCCGAUCAGCCGUCGAGUGUAGCCUUUCCCUUGUCCGAAUCGCCAGUCAAGGCCCAGCCACAGCCGCGCCCUACCCAUCUACCAUUUCGACGGAUAUCGCUACCAACUGCACCAACAUUGGGUCAUAGAGAAUCCGUAGUCAGCGUAGCGUCGUUCGACUCGCUACCGGAAGACGGGUCAUUGCCGAUACCUGCUAUGAUGCGUAACGUCAACGCUGGAAAGAGGCCCAAUGGACGGCCAAUAUCUACCGACGGUAUCCGGAAGGGAAACAGGAGGAGCCUGCGUCCCGUUGACGACGUCUUGGAGUCGAAACGGCGAAAGGUCAUCCAGGAGUUUUAUGAGACAGAGCGCACCUACGUCGACGGUCUCGAGCUAAUUUAUUCCCAUUUCCUGACUCCCAUCAUUGCAUCUCUCGAGACUUCUCAGCCACUGCUCGACCGGUCCGGACUGACUUCUGUGUUCUCAAAUUUUAUCGACAUUUGGAACUUUCAUCGGUCGUUCUUCUCUGCUCUAACGUCCCAUCUUUUCCCGAGCUCGGGUUCCGCUUCCACCUCCUCCCUCCCCCUCUCCGCUAACCAGCCGCUUUCCCCGAUCCUGCUCUCUCACUUUCCUUAUUUGUCUCUAUACACACCAUUCGUGACCGCGUUUCCGACCACAAUUGCCUCCAUAACCAAUCUCAUCUCCCCGCCUUCGGCAAAUAGCUCUAAUCCUCAGUAUAGUGCCUCUUUUGCGGCAUUUCUAGCCAAGCAAGAGUCAGAUCCUCGCUGUGGUAGACUAAAGCUACGAGAUUGGCUCUUGACUAUAGUUCAACGCUGCCCGCGAUAUCUUCUUCUGUUAAAGGAUUUGAUUGAACGUACAGCACCAGAUGAUCCCGAGCAUGCGCAAUUGACGGCAGUUCAUACGCUUGUUUCCAAAAUUACCCAGUCGCUUAACUCCUCACUCCACACUCAUGCGCAAACCCUCUCCCUUCUCGCCUUGCAAAAGACUACACCAAAUCUUCCGUUUCAGCUCAUAAGUCCCGGCCGCACACUCCUGAAACGCUGGCAGUCUCCUCCAAAUUGAACGGAGCGAGCCGCCGCGCGAACGUGAAUUCCUCCUGUUCUCUGAUUGUCUCAUAUGGCUUGCGAGCGAGGACUCGGAACGUGGAUGGAUGAAGACUGACUGGGCCAUUCCCGGUUGGGCGCCUCAGGAGCCCAUUUCUCCGUUGCGACCGCUCAUGAUACGAACAAGGAGCAAGAGCGAGGCGGAGCUGCCUAGUCUGCUUCGAUCCCGUAUAAGCGGGUUCCCGAUGAAGAGCCGGAGCACUGAUUCCGCCACCGACGAGAAAAUCACAGUUGCCUGGUGGCGGCGUCCGGCGGCAAGCGAGUAGCGGGGAUGAGAGGUGGGUGUACAAGGCUCGAGCGGGGUUGGUAGACCUCGAGGUGGU